GUGCAUGGAAUGAAAUUAUCAUCAGCCAUUCGAAUUUGAAAAUGAUUGAAUCGGAGAGUUUCUACAAUGUGCAUUGUUUGAAGAAGUUAACGAUAGAGGGCAAUACCAUAACGGAAAUAAAGAGUGCCGACAGUUGGAACGAACGAACAAAUGGUGAUUUCACUUACCAGUUACCAGUUACCACUUAUAUUAUGUAUUGCAAUAAAGGGGGGAGGGGACAAGAGAAAUAAAAAAUAAAAAGAAGAAAGUGGACUUACCCCGUCAUUCAUGUUAUUAAUGUGAAAUAUAGCAUGGUGUAGGCUCAUACGCUCAUUUGUCUCGUGAAAUAUAAGUGAUGAUAACUGAUCCUCAGUGAGGAAUUGACGACAGUUUAUUCGCAAUUCGUAUCAAAUCUAUCGUCUGCUACCCGGCUUUUUCGUCGAUUUGUAUUCACAGUCGACUGAAGCACUGCUAGUUGGGUACAAUUCUUCUUCUACCUUUAGCUGUCUGUCAUUGCGAGGACAUCUUCUACUUCAUUACACGAUAAUGGAUAAUUUGAUAGGCUCUUUGGAAUCAUCGCUUAGUGUCUCUGCAGAACCGUGUAGCACUGCGAUUGCACAUCCCCGGUUUUCACAAUUCAAAUCAAAAACAUGGAAAAUAAACCAAGAAGAACGCAGAAGAAAAACCUUGGAAAACCAAAAGCAGAACCGCUAUGACUACUAUAACCAUUGCCGUCGAUUGGCUGAAAGUGAUUUCAGUGUUGACGAGGAAUGUCUCUCAGAAACCCAAGAGGAAAUGGAAUGGUUGCCACCCAAGACAAAAACUCCAAGAGCAUACCGAGAUCAAAUUAUGCUUUCAGAAUGGCUUGAUGAAGUUCCAGCUGACUUUGAAACUAGUUGGCUUGCUAUGCCUUGCCCUGUUGGGAAAAGAUGCUUGGUAGUUGCUUCUAGGGGAUGGACACGGGUGUAUUCCAAAAGUGGCUAUCUGAUCACAGAGUUUCAAUCAUUUCUACCUGGGGGAUUUCGGCAAAGUUCAGACAGCACAAUUCUCGAUUGUCUUUGGAAUGAACUUAAACAAUGCUAUUUUGUUUUGGAUGUGUUGAGCUGGAGUAGGGUGCCUUUACUUGGCUGUGAAGCUGAAUUUAGAUUUUACUGGUUGCAUGGCAAAUUUAGUGAACAACCGGAAUUCGGUGUGAAAUCGGAUAAAAAUCGAUACCCUUUUAUUCCACUGCCUACCAAAAGUUGUACCAAAGGAAACAUUGAAGAUUUACUCAUGAUGGAAAAACAAAUCUGGUCACCUUUGGAUGGGCUUUUGUUUUAUCAUAAACUAGGUUAUUACACUCCCGGAGUCAGUCCUUUAGUUGGAUGGCUCAAGCCUUUCAUGGUUUCAGAGAUUUUAAAAGCAAAUGUACCUGAGUUUUAUAUGCAGAAAAAGCCAUUAAGUUAUGUGAACAUUCAGCAGCAUUUAAAAAGAAAAAAUGUGAAAGAGAAACAUGAUGGAAAUUCUGUUGAAAUGUUGGCAAAAGAAUGAAAACAGAUUUCUGUUGUCUGGCCUUAUUUUAUAUAUUGACAUAAGAUGACGCAGAGCACAUCUCUUUGCUGUAUUAUAUCUGUACAAAAUGUGAAUCAUCAAAAUCAGAUAUCAUGAUACUUUCGCUGAAAUGUAUGCAACUGUUCAUUUUC